AUGCUCCUCUCAGCUGCUCCCAUCCCGUCCUGCCUCAAACAAACCCAACUAACAAACCUCGCACGCAGGGUUUCGGAGAACGCGCACAUGCUCAAACCGCCGAUAAACAACUACUGCGUCUACAACGACGCCGUAACCGUAAUGAUAGUCGGCGGCCCCAACGAACGAACCGACUACCACAUCAACGAAACCGCAGAAUGGUUCUACCAACACAAAGGCGGCAUGCUGCUCAAAGUCGUCGACACGACCCUCCCACCAGGCCAGCAAUUCAAAGACAUACACAUCAACGAAGGCGACAUGUUCUUACUCCCCCCAAACACACCGCAUAACCCUGUGCGCUUCAAAGAUACCGUGGGUGUGGUGUUGGAGCAGAAGAGGCCGGAGGGCAGUUUGGAUCGCCUGAGGUGGUAUUGUCAGAACUGUGGGGAUAAGGUGUAUGAGGCGGCGUUUUAUUGUACGGAUUUGGGCACGCAGAUUAAGGAUGCAGUGAAUGCUUUCAAGGCGGAUACGGAGAAGAGGACGUGUAAGAGUUGUGGGACGGUUUGUGAUACUGCGCCGCAGCCGAAGAAGGCUUAA